CGCCGGUGGCGGGGCCGGGACAGGACAUUUCUGGACCUGCCGGGCCUGGCAAUGCCAAGUUUCAUGCAGGCUCCCGGGGAAGCUGCUGUUGCGUGAUUGCUGCCCGUAGAGAUCGGGACGUCGAGGGCGGGCCGGGGCUGGUGCCUGGAGAUGGCGGAUACCCGAUCUGUUCACGAAACCAGGUUCGAGGCGGCCGUGAAGGUGAUUCAGAGUUUGCCGAAAAAUGGUUCAUUCCAGCCCACAAAUGAAAUGAUGCUAAAGUUCUACAGCUUCUAUAAACAAGCCACAGAGGGACCCUGCAACAUCUCGAGACCUGGAUUCUGGGAUCCCAUUGGGAGAUACAAAUGGGAUGCUUGGAGUUCACUGGGGGAUAUGACCAAAGAAGAAGCUAUGAUUGCAUAUGUUGAAGAAAUGAAAAAGAUUCUUGAGACCAUGCCAAUGACGGAGAAAGUUGAAGAAUUACUCCAUGUAAUAGGUCCAUUCUAUGAAAUUGUAGAGGACAAAAAGAGCAGCAGAAGUUCUGAUUUAACCUCAGUCCGACUGGAGAAAGUCACUAGGUAUUUAGAAGAUCUUGGCAAUGUUCUAUCUUCCACUCCAAAGGUCAAAACUGUAAAUGGGAAAGCUGAAAGCAGUGACAGUGGAGCUGAAUCUGAGGAAGAAGAGGCCCAAGAAGAAGUGAAAGAAACCAAACAAAGUAAGAAAGUGAUGCCAGAGUCACCCGACAAUAAAGAUUUGGAAAUUGUUUUCACGAAUGGUUAUGACAAAGACAGUGUUCUCCAAGAUGUACCGAAUGAUAAUCAUGCCGAUUCUUCCCUAAAUGGCUCAAGCACUGAAGAAGUCAAAAAUGGGGACCAAAACUUAAAACAAACUGGACAAACUGCUGUCAGCAGUCAUCAAGGCACAUAUGAUGAUCAUGUUGAAGAUAUUUCAGGAAUUCAGCAUUUAACAAGUGAUUCAGACAGUGAAGUUUACUGUGACUCUAUGGAGCAAUUUGGACAAGAAGAGUCUUUAGAAAUCUUUUCAUCAAACAAAGGACCAUUUAGAUAUUCAUCUCAUUACUUGGGAGGAGAUCAUAGUCAACUGUUGGAAAAUUCUGGUCUUCCUGAAGAAGUUUGUAUCUCCCCGGGAAACCUUCAUGUUGGUGAUAUGCAGAAGGAAGGAAAAGGGGAAGUAAAGCAUGGUGGGGAGGAUGGCAGACCCAGCGGUGGAGCCCCGCAGCGAGAGAAACGUGGCGGGGAGAAGGAGGAAUUCUCUGGUGUGAGGAGGGGGAGAGGCCACCGCAUGCAGCAUUUGGGUGAUGGGCUUCACAGCGGACACAUGGGAAGUGGAGGUGAUGGAGAACGCUGGGGCUCUGACAGAGGAUCUGGAGGCAGCCUCAAUGAGCAGAUUGCGGUGGCGCUAAUGAGAUUGCAAGAAGACAUGAAGAACGUUCUUCAGAGACUGCACACGCUGGAGACGCUGGCUGCCUCUCAGGCAAAGUCACCAGCAUUGCAGACUGAUAACCGGCCUCCCUCAUUGAGACCAUCGUGGUGGCCAUUUGAGAUGUCUCCUACUGCAUUAACCUUCGCUAUUGUAUGGCCUUUUAUUGCUCAGUGGCUGGUACACUUAUAUUAUCAAAGAAGGAGAAGGAAACUGAACUGAGUGGGGGAGAUGCUGCUUUGUCCAAGACGGCUGGGCCUCAAAGACAUCGGAAAGAAAGGAAGCAUGGUGUGCCCCCAGGAAUUGCUUUUGCUGCUUCAGCAGCCUCCGUGGGGCAGGGGAGGGGGUAUUGGGUUUUUGUUCUUUUAGCACUACAAAGACGAUAUCUUCGAGACUAAAUAACAGUACUGAUACUUGAAUGAUCAUUCUCAACUAGAUCACAAAUAGCAUACCUAGAAUUAUCCCACCCUUUGACUUGAAGGACAGUAAAUUAUUAAUUAUUGUUUGGUAACAUAUUUACCUGAUUAUCUCCAAUGUAGAAACACGAACUGCUUUUUCAGCACACAGCAAUGAUGAGACCAGAUUUUUGAGGAAAUUUUGAUUUGGUUUUUGGUUAUGAGCUAAUGGUGGGGGGUGGGAGGGAAGCCCUGAAUGUGUGAAAGGAUUUGACUCAGGGGCAAAAACCUAGAUGUCAAAUGAAAAUAAAUUGACUUCAUAUCGUAGUCACUGGCAAAUUACCCUGGCAGAGGACACACUGCCAAGGGAAGCUGUUUCAGAGUUCACUUUGUGGACUGCACUGCUUCGUUAUCCUAACAAUUGGGGGCAUUUAAAAUCCUGACUUUAUUUUGGCAUCUUCCUUCACUACGUAGGUGGGUUCCAGAACUCCCACCUGGCCAAAGUGGAAAGGAUCUCCAAUCAUUUUGUUUCCAGAAACUAUUCAGGGGAGGUGCAUGUCCUGCAUGAUAGAAGUGAUGAGUUGGGUGUGAUGUUUAAGAGUAUAGACUGAUGCUGCAAUGUACAAAUAAUAGUUUGAUUCAACCACUUAUACCUAUUCCUUGGUAAUCACUUUCUUUAGGGGAAGAACUAGUUUCUGCACGGGGUGCUUUGAAAUAUAAAAUGAAAACUUAUUUAUACUGUUUUUUCUUUUCUUUUUUUUUUACAAAGUACAGAAAACUCAUGACUUAACAGUUGCUCAAAAAAUGAUUUUCAGUAAUUCAUGUUGCCAUGAAUAAAUCACUUAACCUCUUAGUGCCUCAGUUUAUCCACCUGGGGAUAUCUGCAAUGUACCUAACCACAGGGAUAUUGUGAAGAUACCUCAAGUGACAGAAACUUUCAAAGGCAUGGUAACUUUUGGAUUUUGAGGAUAGGAUUUGAAUUGAUGCCCUGGGAAGCCCUCCUUUGGGAAUGAUUACUUCUAAGUACGAAAUAAUCCUUGUGACAGGAGUCAACCUCUGCAAAGUCCUUGGCUCAUUCUUUACUAGCAUGUGCUUCAAGACUCAUGGAUAAAAGUCACGGUCUUGCCUAUUUGUACCCUGAAGAAUGGUACCCAUCACAGCAGAGCACUACACUGAGUACCAUAUGUUUUUAUCAGAGAAACUAAUCUAACUCUAAUUCACAAGGAUGGCCUUUUUCUAGAGGGAAAAUCUAUAUAUUUUUAAAGUUGGCAUUCUCCAGUCCAUCCUUUCCCUUACAUAUCCCUUGCUUUUUCUUUUAUCCCAUCUGUGUAAAAGGGACUGAUUACGAACAUCUGCUUAAGGAACAAACAAGCAAGCAAAAAAACCUUUUUGAGAAAAAAUAAAAGCAGGUCACUGAAUUGCAAAUGAAAAAAGAUCAAACCAAUACAGAUGAAGCAGCUAUAAAACUAUUUUUAAAAAGGGUAAGCCAACGAGGGGCUUCUCUUAGGAUGAUGGGAGGACCCAAAUGACCUUUUUGGCUAGUUUAAUCAGACUUUACGAAUGUAAGCCGCUGUGAUCAGCUGCAGGUAGUUCAGGGGUUGGCUGACAUCUCUUGGGGUUUCUAUCCUGUCCCAAAAUCUUAUUUUGUAGUUUGAAAAGCACUUUGCACACAGCUCUUGUAUAUAAAAAACAAAGAUGUAAUUUUAGGAUUUAAUGUUCAUGCUUUGUUUAAUGAAACCUGAUUUUAAAUUGACAAUGGUAUUUUUUUUAAUGAAAUAUUUCUUCUUUUGUUUCUUUGCUGUAAAGCUGAGUACAAAAUAAAAACAGUAAUGAGAAA